AGAAGGAGCUCUCCGCCGGGACGGAGGAGCCAUAAAGAGCCGGGGAGGGAGGGGAUGAGAUUCCUCGCUGCCCAAUCCCCCUGCUCCCCCGGGAGCAGCAGCCUUCCUCGGCCCGGCCCUCCCUCUUGUUUGCUAAUCAUUUCAUUUUACUCCUUUUUGAAGCGCUCGCCUGUUUUUUUAUCCCACUUUUCAUUUUUCCACAAUCCGCGGCUGCUCGCCUCCCUCUGAUCCCGGCUCUGCCGCUCCGUUCUCGCGGCGUCAGGCUGAUUCUCCGCCGCCUCCUCUGAGAUGCUCUCCCUGCUCUCCGCUCCUCUCUCCGACCGCCUUUAACUUCACACGGGCGCAGCUUUAAAGCCCGGACCGCUGCAAGCCGGGACUGGGAUCUAAAACAACCCCGGAGACACCCACAGGGAUCCGGGGCUCUUCUCUGGAUCAGGACCCGGUACUUUGGGGAAGCUCGCUCGUGUGUCCCCCCCACCCCUCCUCCUCCCCUCCUUCCUCCUCUUUUCUCCACCUUAAUCCAGGUGGUCCUUUGGCUUUUUUGAGUGGCUGGUACAGGGAGGAUUAUUCUUCUUCUUCUUCUUUCGUGUUUCUGGUGAAGACAAAGCUCCCAGAAGGACACUUUGAUGUUCUCCAUCCAGGACAGCCUCCCCCGGGGGGCCCUAACCAUGAAGGAGGAGCCGCUCCCCACCGGCAUGACCCCGGUCCGCUCGUGGAUGCAGGGCGCGGGGAUUUUGGACGCCAACACAGCGGCACAGAGCGGGGUUGGUUUAGCCCGAGCUCACUUUGAGAAGCAGCCGCCAUCCAACUUGAGGAAGUCCAACUUCUUCCACUUCGUGCUGGCGCUGUACGACCGUCAGGGUCAGCCGGUGGAGAUCGAGAGGACUUCCUACGUGGACUUUGUGGAGAAAGACAAGGAGUACAACGGCGAGAAGACCAACAAUGGAAUCCACUACAGGCUACAGCUCCUCUACAGCAACGGCAUCAGGACAGAACAGGAUCUCUACGUCCGGCUCAUAGACUCCAUGACCAAACAGCCCAUCCUGUAUGAAGGUCAGGACAAGAACCCGGAGAUGUGUCGCGUCCUCCUCACCCACGAGAUCAUGUGCAGCCGGUGUUGUGACAAGAAGAGCUGCGGAAAUCGCAAUGAGACGCCCUCUGACCCCGUCAUCAUCGACAGAUUCUUCCUGAAGUUCUUCCUCAAGUGCAAUCAGAACUGUUUGAAAAAUGCAGGAAACCCGAGAGACAUGAGGAGGUUCCAGGUGGUGGUGUCCACUACAGUCAACGUGGAUGGUCACGUGCUGGCUGUGUCAGACAACAUGUUCGUCCACAACAACUCCAAACAUGGCCGCCGUGCCCGACGACUGGACCCCUCUGAAGCAGCCACUCCCUGCAUCAAAGCCAUCAGUCCGAGCGAAGGCUGGACGACCGGCGGCGCCACCGUCAUCCUCAUCGGGGACAACUUCUUCGACGGCCUGCAGGUCGUCUUUGGCACGAUGCUGGUCUGGAGCGAGCUGAUCACCCCUCACGCCAUCCGGGUCCAGACCCCCCCUCGCCACAUCCCAGGGGUCGUGGAGGUCACGCUGUCCUACAAGUCCAAACAGUUCUGCAAAGGAGCUCCGGGACGCUUUGUGUACACCGCCUUGAACGAGCCCACCAUCGACUACGGCUUCCAGAGGCUACAGAAGGUCAUCCCUCGCCACCCCGGAGACCCUGAGAGGUUACCUAAGGAGGUGCUGCUGAAGCGAGCGGCCGACCUGGUGGAAGCUCUGUACGGGAUGCCACACAACAACCAGGAAAUCAUCCUGAAGCGAGCGGCCGACCUCACCGAGGCGCUCUACAGCGUCCCUCGCAGUCACAACCAGCUGCCGUCGCUCACUGGCUCAGCCGCUCACUCGGGGAUGAUGGGCGUGAACUCAUUCAGCAGUCAGCUCGCUGUCAACAUCUCCGAGGCCUCGCAGGCCGACCAAGGCUAUUCCCGUAACUCAAACAGCGUGUCUCCUCGCGGCUACGUGCCGAGCUCCACGCCUCAACAGUCCAACUACAACACCAUCACGUCCACCAUGAACGGAUACGGGGCGGGGAUGACCAACCUGGGCGUACCUGGAUCCCCCAGCUUCCUCAACGGCUCCACCGCCAACUCCGCUUACGCAAUCAAACAGAAGAGCGCCUUCGCCCCUGUCGUGCGGCCACAGACCUCCCCGCCCCCCACCUGCACCACCACCAAUGGCAGCAACCUCCAGGCCAUGGCAGGUCUCAUCGUGCCCCCCAUGUGAGGAGGACUCUCAGCCAGGUACCGUCAGACUCCCCACAACCUUCCCCCAGCCUGAAACGCCACAACAACGUCCUUCCCAUCAUCCUUUAGACCGACCCGUCUGACCCAGAGUCCAAACCCGAAGAACUUCAACAAUUCAGUCACCAUCAGACGAGGACGUCGGUUCUUCCUGCAGCCGUUGCAGACACCACCGGCAAGCAUUUACGAACCCGGAACAGGAAACCUCUGCAGUGGCUGCGGGUGGAGGCAGCGCUCGCUCAGCGUGAACUGUGGGUGGAUGAAAGGUGUCUGCAGUACUGCAUGUUGUGCUGAGAUAUUAAAGAGGUUACUUUGACUUGAGAAGUCUGUGGAGGCUGAACAGGUCUCAGAUCAGUUCGAACCACUGUGAGACAGGAAGGAGGCGUGUCCACUGGGAGCAUCUGUUCUACGCUAAUCAUCAUAUCGUGAAAAAACCCCAAAAACAGCCGAGUGGAAGGUGACAUCUUCAAAUACCUCGCUUUGUUCAACCCAAAUUUAAAAUGCUGGGGAUUACUGUAAAAAAUGAAUAAAUAAAUAAAUAAAAAUCACCAAAUCUCUGAUAAUUUUUAGCUAAAAAAUCCUUGUAAUGUUCCAGGCAGCUCAGUUUGACGCUGUCUGAAGCCCGCCUCCCUGAAAGCUUACUUUUCUUCUGAUUGGCUGUCUUUUGGAAGCCUACAGAGGGGCAGCACCAAGUGCUUUUUAGCUAACCUAAACAAACUAGCGGAUAAUUUGCCUAAAACAGUAACACUCCCUCAUCUAAAAUGUUGGCCAACACAAUAUAAAAAUAUUUUAAAAAUAUAAAGAAAAGCAGAAAAGAGCUCUGUGUUUCAGCUGCAGAUCUGAUUGGUUCUCACUAGAACAAAAGCUCUCGGUGGACACUGACCCUGAGUCGGACCGAGUCCGGAAAUCAGGAAGUAAUCAUUUUUCAAACUUGGAAGAACCGUCAGACGGUUUCCAAUCAGAAACCCCCAACAAGCCCCUCCCCGAGGACCAGAGUCCUUAAAGCCCCCCCGAUGAAUCUCACGUCUCAGCGCGUUUUACUUUCUGUACCAUAGCUUUUAAUAAUGUUUGUGUCUCAUAAUCUAAAAAGGAGGAAAGUGCAGUAAUUUUGUAAGCUAAAGAAAGAAUGAAGCAUCCUGCCGAAGAGAGACGAGCAAAUGUUCCACCAACGUUUGUCCGUAACACGUCGAGGCAGCCCAGCAUUUUCAGCUUUUCUUUUUCUUUUCUUUUGGAUGUCUCAUUUUGAAAUCCAGUACAAUAGUUCUGUUUUGCAGGUGUGUCGAGUGGUAGAUUUUAACCAGAAAAAGCUUGCAGCAGUUUUAAUCACAUUUAGGUACCAGAUUUUCUUGUUAUUCUUCUGAUUGUGCUUAUUUUAUAUGUAUUUAUAAAGUAUGUUUUGGGGAGUUCUUUUGUGAUUUAGGCCUGAAUGAUAGUCUCAAAUAUAUAUGUAAACACAUUUGAUGUCUUAAUACCUUUUAGAUAUUGUAAAAAGAGUGAACAAGUGGGAAGAAUUAACCCUUUUGUAAAACAAAACAAAAAAAACUCACGACACGGUCACCCUGUUUUUGAAAGCAGGACGUAAAACGACGCUUUCAUCACUUUUGUAUAAAAACGCUUUUCCGAUAUUUAACUUUUUGUAAACAGCAUCGUUUGUUUCCCCUGGUUCUUCUCGUCUUUUGUGUAUUAUUGUGAAAUGUAUAAUCAUGGUUAUUUCUUAAUGCACUAUUUUUUUGUUGGGGCACUUAAUAAGAGCAAUGUAUCUUAGCAAAAAAGAAAAAAGCUAAAAGUGGAAAAAAAAAAAGAAAAAAGAUGAAAGCUAGAGCGAUAUGCACCAAUAUGGGUUUUUUUCUCCUGCCAUCCUGAAAUGGCAAAAAUCCUCGUCAUGUGAAAUUUUUAUAUCUCAGAGACUUAUAAUGUCAUAAUAUCCCAGCACUCAUUUUUUGAGGGGGGCGGUUUGGUGUUUAGAAGUCAGCAUUUUAUCCAUCUGAAUAUUCGACCUGACCCUCGUCUUUGUGUUUUUUUCUUUUUGCUGAUAUUGACUGUACGGUUUCAAAACACGGCGAAGAGUUUCAAACCAAGUUUUUUAGGGUCACCGAUCUCAAGGAAACGUCCAUCGAUGUUGGUGUUGUUGCCGAUGGUGCUGUUCUCGUCGUUGCACACAAUCUGGAUCAUUUACUUAUGCAACUGCUCUCCUGUACUGAAAUGCAAGCUCACCGCCCGCGCUGCUGUGGCAAAAGUUCAAAAAAAUGUAAAGAACCAAGACUCGAGUUUGAUGCCUUACGACCGACCACGCUUAAAAACAAAGUCUUUCUUUUAUCCGACAAAGUUUUGGUUCCACAGCAAUUAUCAAAGGUUACUUUUGUUUGCUUUCUUGAUUUGAUGUCUUUGUCCCUCAGGUUUCCCCCCGAAAUAUAUGAAAGAUGCUCAACUGUACAAGCUAACCGUCAGAUACUGAUGGCUGAAAGUGUUAAAACUGCCAAAUUACAAAGUGUAGAAGUUUAUUCCUUCACCAAAGAGAAGAAAAACUGGAGACUGGAGUCAAUUUGUGAUUUAACGUCUGUUAACUACAAGAAAUGACCCCAAUAGAAAUGUAGAACUAUGAGAUCUUUGUGUCAAAUUUGAUCAAAACACUGAAAAUUCAGCUUGGUCUCAUGGCAAAAAGUGAAAUUGCUGAAAAAGUUCUUACGUUUUGGAGAAUAUGGACAUGAACUAUCACGUUUGUGUUUACAGCAAAUAUGACUUUGAAAUUAAUUCAUUCACAUACACAUGCAAGUUUUGGAUGGGCGCUUUGAAAAUGCAGCCCCCAUUUCUAAAUUAUUAUUUGUUUAGUAAAAUGUAUUAAAAUACAACUAAAGUGUAAAGGAAAUACCAAAGAACGUAAACUUCUAUCAAGGCUUAUGUCAUACAUGUCAAAUACAUACUUAAAUCUGGAAAAAUGUCACUUUGUGUACGUGAACACAGCAUUUUAGAUAUAACUGUCUUCAUGUCAAUGAACAAAGGAGAACAUUAAGGUUCCUCAGCACGAAUCCAUAGAUUCAAUCUGGGGAGUAUUUCAGAGAGAUCCACGAGACUGUGAGAUGAAUAAUUUGGCAUAAAGAUCUGAAAUCUUUGGAUUGUGAUAAAUGUGAAACGAAAAAUUUACGACAUUUUUUUUCCAAUUCAAAAACACUGACAGUGUGACUUCUUCCAUGAUCAUGUGACUAGAAGGAGCAUAAAGUAAUUUUAUAUCUAUCGGCUUCUAUUACGAUUAUAAAAUUAGCAUUACAAAUUUACACAAAAAACAAGGUUGAAAAAACUAAAAUAAGUUUCACAUUGUUUAAAUACUGCAUCUUACUUUACAGAGAGACGAUUUAUCUUUACAUUUCACAAGUUCUCGGAAUAAAGUAAUAAAAACUGUAAACCUCUCCAGUUUUUCCUUUUCGGUGCAUUUGAGUAGUUUAAGGAUGGUCAAAGAAACAUUUUUUCCAAACUGACUCAGACUUACACAAAUUUUAUUUGUAUUUCUUUGAAUGUUAAAAGCAGAGUUGAUGCAGGAAUGUGAAGUCCAAAUGAUUAAACUUCUGACUUUAUGCAAAUCCAGCAGUUUCUGCACAGUGUCACCGGAUGCUGUCAUGUUGGCUUUUUGGUGGUAUCUGUUCAGCGUCUUUGGGAAAGACCAUUUAUCAGUGAUACUAAUGAAGCCCAGGCUGCAGAGCCAACCUCCCUGAUCAGUCCCCUCCAACAGCUCGCAGCUUUUCUUUCUCUUUUUGUCAGUCGCAGCAAGUUCGCUUCCCACCGUCUGGGUUUUAAACUGAAAAAUAGACUUUUUUUAUGUUUUACUUCAAUGUGAAAGAGGGCAGAGGCACUGCAUUUUUGUGAAAUAUUAAAUAUAUCAUCAAAGUAUAUCAAAGCACAAUGUUUAAUUAGUUGUCUUUAGGAUACAAACAGGGGUGUCACCCCCAGGUUUUUUCUUUUUCUGUCUCUGGCCAUGCUGUAAAUAAAUGCAUGUCUUCUGUUUUUUGGUUUGUUUGUUUUUUUUCUCUGUGAUCCAGUGCUUUUUGUACAGAAACAGUCUAAUAAAGAUUACAUUUGG